CAGUUAAGAGAGUGUCACGAAUUUUCUCCUGAUUAAAACUAUUUGCUUAUUUGUGUAUUGACAGGCCCAUAAAUCUUAUUAGUGCAAGUCUGUUGUUGGCUUUAUCAAAGCCAUUUUAUCUUUGUUAGGAGAAAUUAAAUGCUAAUUUCAAUUAUGAACAACAUUUUUCUAACUUUCAUAGUACCAAAGUUUAACACGUCCUUGUGGAUUUAUCUACCCACUAUAUCGCAAAGGUCUUAAAUUUGAUAAAAGACUUCCGUGAUGUCUGAAUGUGUAUAAUGAAACUAAAGCAAGUGUAGUUAAAUAUAUGCAAUUUUAAGUGUUUGGAUCCACAUACUGCUUUCAAAUUUGUUUCCAAUAAUUUUAAAACAAGUGGACAUUCUCCAAUAUGUAAAACCACGAUGUAUGUACAUAUGUAUCAGCAGUCUCAAACUUUUAGUGUGUGAAAAAAAACGAAAUAGUGUUUUUUCUGUUCGUGUAGAAAGUCUGCAUUUCCAUAUAAAUAUUGGGAUUUUUAUGUUAAACCUGCAUUUUCAAAAUAUGGUAAUAAGUGCAAAUAAAAAUAUUAAUUUCAUGUGAAAGGAAAUACAGAAAAUUUUCCGUGAAUAUGAAAAGUGAGUUUACAUAGGUAUAUACUUACAUAAGUAUUAGGGAUACCGUUCUAUAAAAUUAAACCGUACUCGUUUAAUUCGGGUUCCUAAAUGAUACUGUGUGUGUUGUUUGAAAAAAACAAACAAAAUGUGACAUCCCAAUAGAGCGCUAAAUUACAAAUAUACAUUAAAUGUGCAUUAAAAGCAUUGGCAUUGGAACCAGCUCUGUGAUUUAAAAACUUGAAAUAUUUUAGCCGGAUAUUCCAAAUUCUAUAUCUGUGUGUUUAUCUGAAACAAAAUUUCUAGUAUAUCAUAAUACAUUUAUUCGCCGAAAUAAAAUUUGCAAUGGCAACCCUUGAUUUUUCUCUGAGAACCUAAUGGUAAAAAAGAGACAUUUUUGUUGUAUGCAGCGGCGGCUUUUGAACCUGAAUAUCUGCUCCAUUCACACAUUCGUACGCGUUACCACGUAUAGGAGGGGAAUCUUACCUCAUUUAACGAUUAACAGCAAAUAACAAACUUAAGUUCGUGUCAAAUGAGAUAUUCUCAAACACUAAACGUGAAGAAUGGAAGUGAAAACACAUCACACAGAAUAUAAUUAUGAUGAGAAGUGAAAAAUAUCCAUAUAUCAGUACAUACUAAUACGAAUCAAAUAACAUAAUUGAUUAAUAAUGAAAUGCAUUGGUACUCGCACUAAAUAACGCAUAAAAGUAAAAAUUUGUAUAGGAGAGCUAACUCUGAUCGGUAAAAUUUAAAGCUGAAUUGAUUGGAAAAAAUUCUUAUACAAUAUGUGUAUACAUAUGUGCAGAACGAAGUACGAAAGUAUAUAUGAAGCAGUAAUGACAAAAGGGCGUUUAAAAAUAAAGUGCUAGCUCAGAGAAUAAAAGCUCCAUCCAACAGUCUCUCAAAUUCGUCCUACCGAAGAGAACAAAAGUUCCGAAAGAUGCAAAAAUUUGUAAUCACAGUUAACUCCACAGAAAUAUAUUGCUAUAUAAAAGAUACGCAAACGUCUCUAUGGAUGUAUGUAUCUUUGAAGUGAAGAUUGAAUGUGAGGAUGUGCGCUAGUUUACCGAACAACCCGAAUUUAAGUCCAGCAAAGGGCUGUCAUUGCAGCAGUAUACCUCAAAAAUAUUAAAAAUGUAUAAAUUGGCCAGUGGGCCAAGGCCCAUAUCAUCUAUGACUCAACAAUUAUACAGUAAUAUAUUUACCUCGAAGCAUUGUCAAUGUUUUUAUGUGGAUGAGGGAGCGUUGCAUUGUGCGAACCCGCAGCAAGCAACCAUCCUCACUUCUUGGACUGUAUGGAAUCAAUGAGACGCAGUGAGGUGAACGUUAGCCACCACCCGAAUAAGGUGGCCACUAAUAACAGCAUAGUUACGGAAAGCGCAAAGCAUAACAACUUGGCAGGAAGCAGUGGCAGCACUUCGAAUUCAGCCGCUUCGAACUUAAAUAAGAAACUAAAUACGUCUUCUCAUAAGCAUCAUCAGUAUCAAAAUAAUACGAAACACAGCGUUAACAGAAAAGUAGCAAGUUCAAGGAAUCUUGUUCCAUCAAAAUCAAAUUCAUCACUAUCCAGUGGAGGAGUUAACUUAAGCUUAAAGGGUUGUUUCCAAAAACCAACAGGAAAAACGAUUAAUGUAAAUACAGCAGUUAAAGAGAGCCCAUCUACAACAUUGUCAACUUAUGCCCCAUCAUCUAUUUCAAGCGAAUCUAAAGAUACUAAUUUCGAGUACGAAGACGAAUGGGACAUUGGUGGUAUUCCAGAGUUGUUGGAUGAUUUGGACGCAGACAUCGAAAAGUCAUACACAGCCGCUCAAAAUUUGUCCAAAGCAAGUAAUUCUGGUGGUGGCAACAGUGAUAUUGAAGCAAAUACAAUAAUUUUAAAAUCAGUAACAAAAUCCACAACAUCGAAUAAAGCAAUUGCUAAUACUGCCUACUCAGAUAAUCUUUUGGGGAAGCGAACGUCAUUGUCCACAACAGGCGGAAAGUUUACCAGCUUGCCAUUGCCAAGGUCGGUGCCUGGAUCACUUUCGCAUUUUUCAGGGAGCUCGAAUGAAAAAAUUCCAUCUUCAGUUAAAAGUUCACGAGCUGCUCCAAUUCCCCCAAACUCCAGUAAAUCAUCAAGCAAAUGUGCGGUUGGAAUUGCAGGCAAGACGAUAAAUAAUUCAUCGUUGUUACCAAAUAUCGGAAGCAAGUAUCAAGAAACAAGCGGACAUAAAAGUUAUCAAACACAGCAGUCGACUUUUAAAGAGCACUCAACGGAUGGUGGAUACAUUAACAAAGUUGUUCCUAUCCCUAAUAAAUCCUCAUCGCCGCUUUUACCAUCGUCUUGUGUAUCUGCUCAAGCACCACUCACCUGUAAUAGUGAUAGCUGCCAAAAGGGUAAUACAUUAACGGUAUCAACCUUUGCCGGGUUUUCAAAGGGGGGUAAUCUUGUCUCGUCAUUUACAAAUUCUUCCUUACCCACAAGUUCAUCAGUGAGUCCCUCGAAUCUUUCUACUGCAUUAGAAAACGAUUCACUAUCGAAUUUAUCAAAUUGCUCUGCAAGCGGCAUGUCAUCGCAAUCCAGUGGUACUAGCAGCAAUAUCAGUAGUGCGGGUGGUGGAGUAGGAGGAGGCCAGGGUGGAUCCCAAAGUAUUGGAGGUUCUGGUAGUGGUAAAUCGAAUGCGAAAAUGUCAAUUGAUCAUCAAGCGACACUUGACAAGGGACUUAAAAUGAAAAUAAAACGCACUAAGCCUGGAACCAAGACCUCUGAAGCAAAGCAUGAAAUUGUCAAAGCCACAGAACAACAGCAACAGCAGAAUGGUUCUAUAGGUGUUAAUAAUCCGAGUAAUUUGGAUGAGAAUAACGGACUCAAUACUAAUUCGCAUUCGUCCUCAUCUAGUGGUGCUAGCGGCUCAGGAGGCUCUAAUCAAAAUUCUGGAAGUGGCAGCGGCUCAAGUUCAAAUGUAGCCAAUAUCAGCGGUAGCAAUAAAAAACAUCUUAGUAAUAUUUCCACUAGUAAUAGCAAUAGCCAAGGCAAUAGUCACAACAGCAUAAACAGUAAUAGCCCGGCCUCUGGAAGUGGAUCCACCGGCUCCGGGGGUAGCGGACAAGUAACUCCUCAAAGCAACAAGCGUGGUAGUUCAGGUCAUAGACGAGAAAAAGCUAAAGAAAAAACAACACAUUCCAAUCGUCUAAUAGCGGAGAAAAAUGCUUCAGUGGCCUCUGAAAAAGAAGGCUUAGCUGGUGUUAGCGACAAGGGUAUCACAUGCCAUUGUAACAUUGAUUCCACAAACGGAAGCACGACUAGUUCUUGCGCUAAUCACACCUGCACUCGUCGAUCUGAAAGUGCAAAUAAUUCAUCCAUUGCAGUUUUAACACAACGCUUGAGCAACACGGCUGGAAAUAGCAGUGCAACAUCCGGAUCUGUCCCACCUGGUGUAUUUACUCCAUCGGUUGGUUCACCUGCUGGUGGUGUAGUAACAACAGCUGCUGUUACAGCUACAUCUUUACUCUCGGCGACUUCAGCAGCAUCGACAACUACACCACAAUCCAUUGGGAGCACCAAUGCACCAAACGCGCCCGGUACUCCUGGUAAAGAUUCAACUAAUUGUGGCAACAUCAAAAUCUCUUCACAUAUUGCGGCGCAAUUGGCUGCUGCAGCAGCUUCGACUACUUUUAGUAAUAGUGUAUCGAUUACGUCUGCGAACAGUCUUAGCGGAAGCAGCGAGAGUAAAUCAAAUACUUCAAUUGUUCCUGUUGCGCAAGCAAAACUUAUGGCACCCGGUAUGAUCUCAGCGACCGUGCACCACACUAUCUCUGUUCCCGCGAACUCUUCCUCUAGUACAACAACAGCGUCAGCUAGUAGUACUAGCACAUCCAGCAAUAAUAUAGUUGUUGAAGAUGGCAUAAAAUCUCCACCCGCCAAACGGGCAAAACAUGGAGACUCUUCCAAUGCAUCGAGUUCUUCACCCAAAGAAAUGGUUGACAUAUGUAUUGGCACCUCAGUUGGAACUAUAACAGAACCAGAUUGCUUGGGUCCUUGUGAGCCGGGAACUUCCGUAACACUUGAAGGCAUCGUUUGGCACGAGACCGAAGGCGGUGUUCUAGUUGUAAAUGUUACAUGGCGCGGUAAAACAUAUGUUGGAACUUUGCUUGACUGCACACGGCAUGACUGGGCUCCACCUAGGUUCUGUGAUUCGCCAACCGAAGAAUUAGAUUCUCGAACACCGAAAGGACGCGGAAAACGUGGAAGAAGUGCCGCACUUACACCAGACUUGAGUAAUUUUACUGAAACACGUAGUUCUAUAUAUUUUUCCCAUGCGCAGGUGCAUUCAAAAUUGAGAAAUGGUACAACGAAAGGUGGUCGAGGUGCUUCGCGUACUGCUAUUAGUGCUACAAGUACUGCAAGUACCACAACAAUAACAAGUAGCUCUUCAUCAGGCAACGGGGGUGGAGCCACGCCUAGUACAUCACCAACAGCAUUUUUACCUCCACGUUCUGAGAAACGAAAAUCGAAGGAUGAGUCACCAUCUCCUAUUAAUGGGGACUCAGAGUGCACUACGAACGUAGCGAACGCGAGUGGUAUUCCGAUCUCUGCAAGUGGCGGUGGUCUAGCUACACAGCCUCAGAGCCUCGUCAAUCCUGUGACUGGUCUUAAUGUACAAAUAAGCACGAAGAAAUGUAAGACUGCCUCGCCGUGUGCAAUUUCGCCGGUAUUACUUGAGUGUCCCGAACAGGAUUGCAGCAAAAAGUAUAAACAUGCUAAUGGACUUCGAUAUCAUCAAUCUCACGCUCACGGUAGUGCUUGUUCUAUGGACGAAGAUUCUUUGCAAUUGCCGGAGGAGCCACCCACACCGACCUCCUCACCAGUGCCGCCUGCACAAAGCACAAGAGCAGUAACCCCAACCGUUGCAGAAGGUGCGGUAUUGACUUCUGGAGUAAUGGCGAUAACGUCACCAGUAACUCCUCCCAUAAGUACAUCUACUAUACCAGCAUCCUCUUCGGAAUCGUCAUCUCUACCAGCCGCGGUUUUGCCACCAUCAUCACAAACCGCAAUUCCAGAAACUGCGGAUUCCGAAACUGUGGUUGGCGGCGGUUCAGCACCAUCGGCUGCUUCAACUAUUUCGUCUUCGGCCAUGAAUGCGUCUGCUUCAGUGACGAAUGCAUCUCCUAGUUCCACAAGUGCGCCCAUUGGCGGCAUACUAACAGUGUCAUCCGCACAAGCACUUUUACCGCAAUCACAGCAACAACACCCAGUCGCGGGUGGUAGUAUUACCGCAGGCAUUUCGGGCCAGCUACUGUCACAACAGCAGCAACAGCAAUCUCUGGGAAUGUCAAAUGCAAGUAAUCUGCCCGCACUACUUCCCGAACAGUCACAGACAACAUCUCUUCCGCAGCAAGGUGGAUCAAAAUCUGGGGUACUGAGGUUUGGACCGCAAAGCGAUGUAUCCAAUUCCGGAGCUCCGCCGUCAAUAUUAGCUCUUCAACAGCAGGUAUCACAAGGCACAUCUCCGCAGGCGGGCACUUUAGCAGGACAAAGCCCUCAACGAGCAGCAGCACAGCUAACUACAAACUCGGAAAGUUUGCAGCCACCACAUCAAACGCCAAUAAGUACUUAUACCAGUUCAUCGACGUCAGCCGGUCAAAAUUUACAAGGUAUUUCAUUGUCAACAAAAAACUCGCCUGUCUUUGCUGCAGUAAAACAGAAAAAGUGUCGAAAGUCACCAGGGCCUGUGGAAUAUGAUGGGGUUGUAACCAGGGAUAACGUUCAGAGCCCUGCUUACAGUGACAUUUCAGAUGACUCCACCCCAGUGGGAGAGCAGGAUAUCUUAGAUAAGUCACAACCCAAACUUAUAGAUUUACCAAACAAAAAACAAUCUGAUCUAGGUGCUGUGGGUAUCGGAAGUGGUUCGCAAACUAUUCCACCAUUGGGUGGUUAUGGAAUGUACCAGUUUUACCAACAGCAGCAAUAUUUGGUACCCCCACCAUCUUCCGAUCAACAACCAUCACAGACUCCUAACAAAGGCUUACUGCCCUCCACUCUUGUUCAGCCAUCUUUAACGCUUCCUGCAUCGCAAUCUCAACAACAAGCUUCAAUACAAUCGUCGCAUCUAAUGCAACAGCAACAGCCACAACAACAGCAGCAACAGUCUCCCCUUCUAACAGACUAUAACAACAAAAGUAAAGAUCCACCUUUGGAUUUGAUUACGAAGUCAUCGCAGCAACAGCAAGGUGUUGCACAUCAGCAGCAAAUGCAAUCCCAAGAUGGUGCAGGCAACCAAAAAGACACCUCUUCGGGGCAACUCCCACAGCCGGCAGCAAAUUUAAGCAACGUAGGGCCUCCUAAUAAUGGUUUGCCACCAGGCAUGGGAGCUAUGCAAUCUCUUGGAACAUCUGGGGUUGGACCCGGGGGUUUACCGACACCUACACCCUCCAAACCGCUGUCGCAUUUUUACCCAUUUAAUUAUAUGGCUCCCGGAUAUCCUUACAACGUGGAACCCAACUAUGGACCAGUAUCUAUUGUGGCUUCUGAUGAUACGAUAAAACUAGGAAAUCACGGAAACUUGUCUAGUUCACAACCACAAAAUACUGCUCCUCCGCAUCCAAAUUCUGGCGCCAUAAAAGAUGAGCGGGUUAAGGAAAGCCCUAGUCCCCAUGAAUGCUCCAAGCAAAUACCUCAGCAGCAACAAUUGGUUUCGACUAAACUCAUAAAAAGCGAACCAAUGGCAAAGCAAGAGAUAAAGCAAGAGCACAAUCCAGGUGCCCAACCUCAACAACAGCAACCACCGCAACAGCAACAACAGCCCCAACAACCACAUGCAUUACAUCCGAAAGACUUGCAGGGAUUGGGAUCAUAUCCAAAUAUAUAUCAACGGCAUCCAAUGACACUAGCAGCCCAGCACCUAUCUCGCGAGGAAGAGCUAAGAAGAUACUACAUUCUUUCAGACGAGCAGCGACGGCAAAGUGCUGUCGCAGCUUUACGAGCAGUACAGGCACAGAAUCCUUCCAAUAGUGGGCCGCCCGGAUCUCUUCAAGCUCAAGUGAUGAAUCAACAUAAAGAAGAUAGUGGCUCUUCGUCACAGCACCAGCCACAGAUGUCAAUCCCGCAACAGCAACAGCAUCAACAAUCCCAAAAAUCAAAAUCCCAAACCUGCUCUACUAAUGUGAAUGCCAACACAGUAGGCAGUAGUAAAGCAACAAAUUUGACAAAAGAGGUGUCUAAACAGAAACAAGAAGAAGAAGUAAAAAUUAAGCAGGAGGGGCAGAAGCCCACAAUGGAAACUCAAGGACCACCACCCCCACCUACAUCGCAAUACUUCCUCCACCCUUCAUAUAUUGCUCCAGCACCCUUUAGUUUCGACCCAAAUCAUCCCAUGUACCGUAAUGUGUUAAUGUCGGCAGCUGGGCCAUACAAUGCUGCGCCCUAUCAUUUACCCAUACCCAGAUAUCACGCACCAGAGGAUCUGUCACGGAACACCGGAACAAAAGCAUUAGACGCACUUCAUCAUGCUGCUAGCCAGUAUUACACCACGCACAAAAUACACGAAUUAAGUGAACGUGCAUUAAAAUCGCCAACAAGUGGUAACAACAGUGGCCCAGGUGGAGCCGUGAAAGUCAGCGUGUCUAGUCCAAAUGUGGGCAUACAGCAGCAGGCCGUCAAUACCGGUGGCGUAAGUGGCCCUGGCAGUGGUACGAAUGUGGGACCAAAUGCUCCCAAUAGCGGCAGCCACUUAACUGCAACAAAUCAGUCUUCUGGUGGAAGUGGCAUCCCAUUGAAUCUUCAGCCCCCUCCUACUGGAAUGAGUGGUCCUCCAAAUAAGUCUGAUGUGCUCAACCAAAAGGUGUUAAGUGGGCCGGGAGGACCGGGCAGUAAUCUAGCAGGAGCACCGAUUAAUAUCGAUUCACAUAAACAACAGGGUGGCCCAAGUGGGCCGAACAGUGGUGGUAGUAUCGGUGGCGCUCCUCCAGGAGGCAACAGUGCCACUGCAGAUUCACGCAGCCCGCCACCGCAACGGCAUGUUCACACCCACCACCACACUCACGUCGGCCUAGGAUACCCCAUGUACACUGCACCUUAUGGUGCUGCAGUGCUGGCAAGUCAGCAAGCUGCUGCCGUAGCUGUGAUAAACCCAUUCCCUCCUGGACCAACCAAAUGAGAAUCGCAGAAUGAGAAGAAUCUCUAUAACAUGAAAACAUAAUGAAUUUAUCUUGGAGGGAAAAGGGACCACAAGAAAUUGUACCCUAUCGCAAGUGAAUUCAUAGAAUUUAUCUUAUUCCAUUUAUAUUUAAUGAGAUAAGAUCAAGUUCAAUCAAAAUUACCUAAACAUUAAAUUCUGCGAGAAACGCAGAAGGCUUACAAUUGUACACACACACAGAUAGAGAAAGUCAGAAGAGUAAAGUGAAUUACACUUGUACUUUAAGCAUUUAAUGGAAGCCCGAAUUAAAAACUUCGACGUGCGUUUAAUAUGUAUUGUAGAGUAUGCAAUUACUUACCAACUUCCUUUAGCUUAAAGGAAUGUUUAUUGCAGUAUAAGAGGUGCACUAGAUAACAGACAAGUAGAGAUACUGGUUGAAAAUAGGAACAGGAAGUAAAUUAGUUAACUAAUUUAAACAGUUUUUUGAAUGAACAAAUUAGAUUACCAAUUUAAAUUGUAGAAUGCUGCACUUAACUAAUUAAUAAUAUCGUAAAAUCUAUUAUAUUUAGAAGAGUUAUAUAUAAAACAAUACAGACUUAUUAUUGAAAAAUAGUGUAAAUGUGCGAUAAAUCACUUUAACCAAGAAAUUGACAAUUAGUGUUUAAUAUCAGAAAAUCAAAUAUAUGUAUGUGCAUACAUAUACAUACAUAUGUAUUCAUAAAAAGUAGUUUUCUAAAGCAAUGCACGCGAACAAUACCAUUUGUAAUUAAAUUAUUUCACAAUUAUCGACAUAAAUUUUAGAUUAAGCUAACGGAUAUGGUCAGUUUUUUUAGGAAUUAAAGCAAUGAAUUCAAGCGGGGAUCCGCAUUCGUUGGAAUACAACCCAAAGUGGCAAAUGAUUAAAAUUACAAAAUUUUUACCAAUCGAUAACAAAUAAUAUCUAGUUCUAAUAAAAGAUAAACUGGAACAUCUGAUGCCACACAUCCACCUUUUUAUUUAUGUGCCGUUUUGAUCUCAUGAGCUUCAUGCAGAGCUAUCACUGCUAGCAUUCGAUCUAGUACUUAUCCGAUUCGUAGAGCUGAUCACUAUAAUUAACUAUAGAGCAACAAUUCAUGCAAACUAUAAAUGGAAACUUCAGUUGAUUAAGUGUUCAUUUUUAACAUUCCGCCCAACAAACUCCGUAACAGCAAACAACUUCAUUUCUAGACUUCUGCAAAGCCCAAUUAAAUGUGUGGUCGUAUGUCAAGCAGCUUAAAUUGACGUAAGAUAAAAUUGAACAUGUUUUCUUAAUAGCGUUCUAAGGAAUUUACUUUUUUUUAUUUAUACCGUUAUUCCUUAUUUAAAUUUAUAGAAAAAUGUAUGUUAAGAUUGUUUACUGGAACAAGCUAGCAUAAAAAUUAACGAGCUACUACGUCAUACGACCGCAGCAUAGAAGAGACGGCACAAAUGGAGUUGUUGGUGAAGCAGCGUAAAAUAGCACAUAAUUGUUUGAGGAAUGCUAUUGAAGUGGUAGUGCUUUCCCGAUUAUAAGUUCGGGUCGUGUCCGUAGCGUAGGACCGAUUAUCGAUAAUCGGGGCUGUGUGUCGCUGGGAAUAAUAAUUUGCACGUGCUGCAGUAUAUUUGCAUAUUGCACAUGUGAAUGUGCUGCGUGAAAGGUGCGCAUGAAUGCAUAAAAUCAGCCAAUUGAUUCGUCAAAUUUUUCUAACUGAGUCAAUGGGCAGUUGUUAAGGGUAGAUUGGUUUAAAGCAAGAUUACUGAAUUCUUACGCGAUUUUGGCCGAUUUUACUGAUUGAGUUACACAUUUUUUCAACACUCAGCAAGCAAAUGGCACAUUUGCACUUUUGUUAUCGAUCGAAACGUCUUCAAUUGUGCGUCCCUGAAAACACCGAAAUAUCUGACUAAAAGUACUCAGAUGUAUAUUAAUAUUGAUAAAUAUGGUAGUAAACCUUUACUCGUUUUAGAGCUUACACAUAAAUUGAUAGUGUUAGUUUAGAAAUAUGUAUAUCAGAUCCACCUUAUAUUUUUUGUUCUUGUUUUUUAUUUGCAUAAUGUUAAUACAAAAACGCUGUACAUUUUAAAUACUAACUAGAGAAGCUACACAACGGAGCAAAAGCGUAGGUACUAUUUAAGAUUAUAAAGCGCAUAAUAUAAAUCAAUGUUUUCCAUAUGAGCGUGUCAUUGUUUUGGUUGCAUAACACCGACCUUUCAUGUGCUUUCAUUUAUCACAUACAACUCGUUUUUAAUUCAAAGAACCCUUAUUUUAAUUUUCAGUCUCCAUCAACCUAUAAUACCAAUGCUUAUAAAUGUACAAUAUUGAUUAACUCUAAGAACACAUUCUACUGUUCGGAAACCUAACUCGAUUUGUGUAGUGAAUAAAUGUUAAGAUCACAAAAUAUAUUCUACGGAAAUUAUGCGCAUAUAAGUGUAUGUCUAAAUAUUAAUAAUAAUAAGUUAUUGUCAAAGAGUUCAAGCACAUUUAUGGACCUAGGUUUUAAACAUAUAAAUACCCUAAGAUUCAUUAUACACGUUAAUCAAAGUAAAGGACAGAAGAAAAAGGCUUCAAACACUAAGUAAUAUAAGAUUAUAAUUUUCAAACAAAAACAGAACAAAAACAAAAAUUAAAGUUAUUUAUUUAAGCAAAGAAUCCACAAUUCUGCGAAAGUUCAUUGAUAAGUAAAUGAAUAAUGGUAGAAAAUAAGUAACACUAUAUAUUAAAGCAAAACAAAAAAAUAUAUAUAUAUUUAAAAAGGAAAUAAAAUUUUUUUAUUAUAGCCAAAA